UUGCAUGCCUUUAUCAUAAAGCCAAUAUGGAGGCGGUUGCAGACGAAGGACAGCAGUCCACAAAGAAGAAUAGGGUCCACGGUGUUCAGUCACUACUGUCUUUUCUUAUACUGUUUGCUGCUUGGUUGGUUGGAUUCUCUAGUCGUCUCUUCGCUGUUGUAAGAUUUGAAAGUAUUAUUCACGAGUUCGACCCUUGGUUUAAUUAUAGAUCAACUCAUUACUUAGUUGAAAAUGGCUACUAUAGUUUCCUUAAUUGGUUUGAUGAGAGAGCGUGGUAUCCACUUGGUAGGAUUGUUGGAGGGACAGUAUAUCCAGGUCUUAUGCUCACAGCAGGAGCCUUACACUGGAUACUGAACACUUUGCAUUUUACUGUUCACAUCAGAGAUGUCUGUGUGUUUUUAGCACCAUUAUUCAGUGGCCUCACUGCCAUAGCAACGUAUUUGCUCACCAAAGAGCUCUGGAAUGAUCGUGCUGGUCUUCUUGCUGCUUGUUUUAUUGCUAUUGCCCCUGGUUACAUUUCAAGGUCAGUUGCUGGUUCAUAUGACAAUGAAGGCAUUGCCAUUUUUGCUCUCCAGUUCACAUAUUUCUUAUGGGUAAGAGCUGUAAAGAGAGGCUCAGUAUUUUGGGCUGCAAUGGCUGCAUUGUCAUAUUUUUACAUGGUUUCAGCCUGGGGUGGCUAUGUGUUCAUUAUCAAUCUGAUCCCUCUUCAUGUGUUUGUCUUGAUUCUGAUGGGGCGAUUUUCUAACAAAAUUUACACAGCAUAUAGUGUCUUUUUUAUGGUUGGUUUGUUGUGCUCAAUGCAAGUUCCCUUUGUUGGUUUCCAACCUGUCAGGACAAGUGAACACAUGGCUGCUGCUGGUGUCUUCUGCCUUAUUCAAGCAUACGCUUUUAUCAAGUAUUUGAGAGAUCACAUGAGCAAGGCGGAAUUCAAACAUCUUUUCAAUUUGGCUAUUGUUGGAUUUGCUGGUUUGGUGUUUUUAGCUGUCAUCGCUUUGACUUAUAUGGGCUACAUUGCUCCUUGGAGUGGCAGGUUUUAUUCCCUGUUUGACACCGGGUAUGCAAAGAUACAUAUACCAAUCAUCGCUUCUGUCUCAGAACAUCAGCCGACAACUUGGGUCUCGUUUUUCUUCGACCUCCAUGUUCUAAUUUGUGCCUUUCCAUAUGGUGUGUAUAUCUGUGUCAAAAAGGUCAACAACGAAAGAGUUUUUGUGGUACUGUACGCUGUUUCUGCGGUGUAUUUCGCCGGUGUUAUGGUUCGUUUGAUGCUCACAUUGACGCCAGUUGUAUGCAUCCUUUCUGCUAUCGCAUUUUCUUCCACUUUUGAUAUCUACCUGGAUGACAGAGAAUCCUUCGCCACUGUCGAAGAAGACACUACAACGUCUUCAAAACGACCCAUCAUUCCUGAUAUCGGUAAGAAGAAGAAAAAAGAGAAGGAAAAAGAAAAGGACAGAGAUAUGAGUGCCAUGCUCCUUAGCUCUUCACAGCAGCAGCAUGAGAAAUCUCCCGUCGAAUCAGAAGCCGGUCGAAGUAACCAGCCUGAAGAUAACGCAAUAGGCUCUCACUUGAAGACCAUAACUGUGAUGUUCUUGCUGAUUUUGCUCAUGUUGUUUGCGAUUCACUGCACCUGGGUUACAAGCAAUGCAUACUCAAGUCCCUCAAUUGUGCUUGCUUCUACAAAUUAUGAUGGGAGUCGCAACAUUUUAGAUGAUUUCCGAGAGGCUUAUUUUUGGUUGAGGCAAAACACGGAUGAGAGUUCAAGGGUGAUGUCCUGGUGGGAUUACGGUUACCAAAUUGCAGGCAUGGCCAAUCGGACAACGAUGGUGGAUAAUAAUACUUGGAACAACAGCCACAUUGCUCUGGUUGGAAAGGCAAUGUCAUCGAAUGAAACUGCGGCAUACGAAAUCAUGCGCUCAUUGAAUGUUGAUUAUGUGUUGGUUAUUUUUGGCGGGGUGAUUGGUUAUUCUGGCGAUGAUAUCAACAAAUUCCUCUGGAUGGUGAGAAUUGCGGAAGGAGAACAUCCGAAAGACAUUAAGGAAUCAGACUAUUUCACCCCACAAGGCGAAUUCCGUGUCGACAGAAGUGGUUCACCAACACUAUUAAACUGCUUAAUGUACAAGUUAUGUUACUAUAGAUUCGGUGAAAUGCAGCUUGAUUUCAGAGCACCCUCUGGUUACGAUCGUACACGAAAUGCUGAAAUCGGUAAUAAAAACAUAAAGCUAACACAUUUGGAAGAGGCUUACACCACAGAGCACUGGCUCGUGCGAAUUUACCGAGUAAAGCCUCUAGAUAACAGGCCAAAGGGUAGUGUUGCUGUGAAGAAAGGGUCAAAGGCGAAAUCGAAGUCAUCCUAUUCCAGCUACAAGGGGCGCUAUGGCAAGUCGGGUUACAUCAAGAACAAGACAAUCGUCAAGUUAGGCAAGCGCUUGAAGAAAAGGAAGUCAAAAAAGUCCCGCAAAGCAAAGGCUUAAUAUAGCUUGCGUCAUCAAGAUUAAAUGAAGGACUAAGGCGAGGGUCUUCUUUUCUAGAUGUAGAUGCUUUUAAUUUUUUUUCUUUAGAUUCGCUCUAUCAAUUAAUACGAAAAGUUUUCCUUGGUAACAAUCGCUCCUUUUCUGCCUGCGAGACCCAGCCCUGAUCACGAUAAAUUUAUAGCAUUUCAAAGCGUACGUAUUUUUUGUGCGAAGCUGAAAUUUGCCUAAAAUUGCAAAACAUUGAAGAAAGAUGAAUAGGCUGAGAAAGUCCAAUAAACAAUUGGUUCGUUUAGCAUGUGCGUUUCGAUAUUUUCCUCUAUUCUAUUACAGCCGGCAUGUUUUUAAAGACUAGUCUUUUUUCAGUCUAUCAUCUAAAUGAAUAAAAUGUGCCUUUAUCAUCUUUGUAUUAGGUAGUAUUGAAAUAAAGUGUUUUCUCCUCAACUACAAAUUUGUCACAUUUAUACCAUGACUUAGUCUCUAGUAUAAUUUAUAUCUUUGAAUUUCGCUCUUUUGCAAUUGGGAUUGUUAAUGAUCAGUGCUGCACAGAAAUCGUAACUUAGAUAAGUCCUUUAAUUAGACUCGAGGCAGUGUAACUUUUGAUACCUCCUACUAAAAUGUUAUGCAUAUGAUUAACUUCAGGCACUUAGUAAACUUGAGGUAAGCUGUUCGUGCUACAUUUUCCUAGCUCAGUCUUGGCAAUACAAAGCUACAGCGUUACCCAUAUUUGCCCAAAGACUCGGUCGAGGGGUUUAGCGACAAUAGUUGCCAACUGGAGGUCCCUGAAACAUGAAAGGCUGCCCUCGCUUCUUUUUAAUUCAUUGAUUUAGAUUUUUAGAAAAUGAGAUCAUAAAAACCUAUUGUGGGUGAUCUAAAGUUUAUCAAAAGAGUAAAAUUUCUUUCUUUAAUUUUACCAAUGAUAUAAGUGAGCUAAAUAUUGCAUACAUCUAGUAAUUUCUUGAGUCGAUUCGCAAAUAAUUCAGUGGUAAGUUUCUUGGUAAAGAUUUUCUUAUAAUUUAGAUACCAGUUAUGAGAAAAUUGUGACAAUU